AGGUGCAAACGAGUUGCAAUCCAGCUGAAGGUGUGCAUGAAGCUAAGAGCUGGAAAGGUGUGUCUUUUCAGGACGCUAUAUUCAGAUUCAAGAGGAAGGCGCAGUUGGGUCAAAGAGCCUAUAUAUUGGGGCCUUUGAUUGCAUAUAAAAUGUGUAAGAUGUCAUGAUUGGACCAAUGAAGAUGAGGAGGAUCAUUCCUGCGAAGAUGAACGCGUUUAUCAUCGCAUGCGGCUGCCUUUGUCUCACUUUUAGCGGAGCCUCGGAGACAGAAAGGUUGCUCCAUCAGAAGCUCUUUAAGAAUUACAACAUGAAAGUCAGACCGGCUCGGUACUGGGAGGAUAAGGUGAUGGUUCGAGUAGGAAUGACGCUGUCCCAGCUUGUCAGCUUGAACGAAAAGAACGAAGAAAUGACGACCAACGUGUUCAUGAAUAUGGCAUGGACAGACUACAGGUUGUCAUGGAACCCAGAGGAAUAUGACGACAUUACAGUUUUAAGGAUUCCUCCGAACAAGGUGUGGCGGCCUGACAUCUACCUCAUUAACAAUAAUGAUGGCCAGUUUGACGUGGCUCUGUACGUCAACGUCUUGGUUUACAGUGAUGGGACAGUCAACUGGCUUCCCCCAGCCAUCUACCGCAGCUCCUGCUCUAUAGAGGUAUCCUACUUUCCAUUUGACUGGCAGAAUUGCAGCAUGAUUUUCCGCUCGUACACCUAUGACGCCUCUGAGGUGGAACUGCAGUACUUUCUGGACGAUGAAAACAAAGAGAUUCAGGAGAUUGUUAUUGAUGAGAACGCUUUCACUGAAAACGGAGAAUGGGCCAUCUGUCACAAACCCUCCAGAAAGCACGUUAAGGAGGACUUGUACGAGGACAUCACUUUCUACCUCAUCAUAGAGAGGAAGCCUCUUUUCUACAUCAUCAACAUCAUCAUGCCCUGCAUCCUCACCAGCGUGUUGGCUAUAUUUGUCUUCUACCUGCCUCCUGGAGCAGGUGAGAAGAUGACUCUUUCCAUUUCGGUUCUCAUCGCUCUGACUGUCUUCAUGCUCUUGCUGGCUGACAGGGUCCCCGAGACUUCCCUUGGAAUCCCAAUAAUUGUCAACUAUGUCAUGUUCACCAUGAUCCUGGUUACUUUCUCCGUCAUCCUCAGUGUUGUUGUACUCAAUUUACACCACCGAACGCCCAGCACACACAUUAUGCCCAACUGGGUUCGAAAGGUAUUCAUUCACAUCCUGCCUAAGUACAUCGGCAUGGCAAGGCCAAACCCUGAGGAGCCUAUGUUGAAAGAAGAGUCCAGUGAUGACUCUCCCAACCCAGGCUUCAAUGGUAGGCAGCCAGGAGGAGAGUACUUCUUUCGCAAGAUCAACCCUGAUCUCGUCCUGCCGUGGAGAGGCAGGUCUGAGAGCCCGGUGCAGCUCCAGCGGCUCCCGAACACUGACAGCUUUUGUCUGAUCCUCCCUCCCCACCUGAAGUCGGCCAUCGCUGCGGUGACAUACAUGGCAGAGCAGCUAAAGAAGCAGGACACGGAUGACACGAUGACAGGAGACUGGCAGUUCAUCGCCCUCGUGGUGGACCGCCUCUUCCUGUGGCUGUUUGUGAUCAUCACAACGCUGGGAACCCUGGCCAUGUUCUUGGACGCCAGUUUCAACUACACCCCCGACAACCCCUUCCCAUAGAAGUCCAAAAACACAAGCUUGAUACAUUUUUCGGAUGUCACCUCUUUUUAUUGGUGAUUUCUGAGACCUGACUUUCCAUUAAUACCUUAAUACUUAUUCCAUAUUUAUGAUGUCACCCUGAGAGAUUUUGUUAGGUCAAUUGUUAGAGAAGAUGUCAUAUUUGCAUAAAGUAGCCGACAUGUUUAAGGAUUCUGUGUAGAUUUAUUGGUAAUUGUAGUAAC